UCCAAGAAUGAAACAUGACUGAAGACUCGCAGAGAAACUUUCGCUCAGUAUAUUAUGAGAAAGUGGGAUUUCGUGGAGUUGAAGAAAAGAAAUCACUAGAAAUUCUCCUCAAGGAUGACCGUCUAGAUAUUGAGAAACUUUGCACUUUCAGUCAGAGGUUCCCUCUCCCAUCUAUGUACCGAGCAUUGGUGUGGAAGGUACUUCUAGGGAUCCUGCCUCCGCACCAUGAGUCCCAUGCCCAGGUAAUGGCGUAUCGCAGGGAACAGUACUCUGAUAUCCUUCAUGCCCUGCAAGUCAUUCGCUUCGUCAGUGAAACCACACCUCAGGUUGAAGUCCAUCUCCGUAUGUAUCAGUUGGAGUCUGGGAAGUUGCCUCGAAGUCCCUCUUUUCCUCUGGAGCCAGAAGAUAAAGUUUUUAUUGCCAUCGCUAAAGCCAUGGAAGAGAUGGUGGAAGAUAACGUCGACUGUUACUGGAUUGUCCGAUGCUUUAUGAACCAGUUACAGAAGUACCGGGACUUUCUACCCCAGCUGCCAAAGGCUUUUGAACAAUACUUGAAUAUGGAAGACAGCAGACUGCUGAAUCAUCUGAAGACUUGUUCUGCGGUGUCCAAACUUCCGUACGAUCUCUGGUUCAAGAGGUGCUUUGCAGGAUGCUUGCCUGAGUCCAGUCUACAGAGAGUUUGGGAUAAAGUUGUGAGCGGAUCCUGUAAGAUCCUAGUCUUUAUAGCAGUAGAAAUUCUCUUAACCUUUAAAAUAAAAGUAAUGGCCCUGAACAGUGCCGAGAAGAUCACCACAUUCCUGGAAAAUAUUCCCCAGGACAGUUCAGAUGCGAUUGUGAGCAAGGCCAUCGACCUGUGGCACAAGCACUGUGGGACCCCUGUGCAUUCAGCCUGA